AUGUUUUCACAACUUGAUCUACCACCGACUAUGUCCGAUACACCUUUUAUUACUAGUGCUACCACUUCUUCCACUGCUACUAUUAAUCGUAGUAAUAGUAGUAGUGUCAAUGCCAAUAUUACCACUCCUACUGUAUGUAGCACUUCUAUUUAUUCUCAGAGUAUACCGGAAAUCUUCGAUUUUGACUCUUUGAUCAAUUCAGAUACACUGAAUAUAGGUAUGGAUUAUUUAAAUUUAUGUGAUACAACAUCAUUUGAAACACCUACUGAAAAUAAUAAUACAACUGAUUUUAUCGAUGAUGAAAACGAUAAUGAUGGCGAUCAUAAAUUUAGUAAAACUGAUCAAUUGCUUACAACUGCAACUAAUAUGGAAUUGUCGAGAAUUGAUAAAUUAUUUUUUCCUAAUGAAAUUAUCCAUGAAACAUAUAAUAGUGGGCAAUUGGUUGUUUUGUUGCGUACAGAAGAUGAUGAUUCACGAUCUGAAUUAACCACUGAACGUCUUAUUCUCAUAAGAAAACAUAUGUUAACCUUAGCUAAUCAAUUAUUAGAGAGAUUACAAAUUGAUUCAUAUUUAUCUUCAACUAAUUAUACAUCAUUAUCAAUAACAUCGUCAUCAUCCUCAUUACCAUCACCAUCAUCAUUGUCAGGGAUUAUUGAUAAAAUUGGACCAAUUAAUGCAUUAAAUAGAAUUAAACUAAUAGUUAUGCAAAUAUGGGAUAUAUUUAAAACAGAUAAAGAUUAUUCAUUCAAUGAAACAUUGAAUAAAUUAUUUAUUGUUUUUAAAAAUUUAUCCAAUCUAUUAAAUGAAGGUGAACAAACAAUUACAGCUUAUGAAUUAACUACAAGUGGUUUAAUAAAAGUUUUAUUAUUAUGCUUGUCUGUUGCACAUGCCGGUCGUUGGUAUUGUCAUAUAUUUUCUAUGGAAUUGGAUAAUACAACAACUUUAUUGUGGUAUCUUCAAGAGAGGAGAAGAGUAUUUAUACUAAAUAUGUUAUCAUAUUCCAAGUCAAAAAGUAUAUCACUUCUUGUUAGACGUUUAGUACAAGCUUUUGAAUUAACAGAACAUCUUCCAUUACGAUUAUUUUCUGCAGCUCAUCUGUUACGAUCAUCAUUUACAAAUACUCCAUCAGAUCAUCAUGACAUAUCAAAUCACAAACUAGACAGGAAUAAUAUAAAUGAUGAUAAUAAAACAGUUAAAAACACAAACAAAAAUUAUAUUCCUCCCACUAAUUUAAUAAAUAAAAUCGGUUAUUCUGCAUCUUUGCCAAUUAAUUUUAUUAAUUUCUCAUUUAAUCGUUGGCAUUCAGGCAUUUAUACAGAUCAUGGUGAUCCAGUUUCUAUCACUGUUAAACAACCAUUUCAAGAUAAAUUUGAUUCAUGUUUUAUGCCUAGUCUGCAUCAAAUUGCUAAACGUCUACCUUUAUAUUUGGAUAAAUUAUCAAACCUACCAUCAGCUGUCAAGUUGAAGAGUAAUAAUAGCGAUAGUACUACUACAGAGAAUAAACUACAUCAUAAUAAAUCGAAACGAUUAUAUAAUUGGCGUGGUAAAUUGCUUUUUGUAAGCCCUUUAGCGACUGUUGGCCAGUUAGAACGUUUCCUUAAUCGUAUGUCAACAAAACAAUGGUAUGAAUGUUCGCGCCUUGAUCUUAGUUUAUGGAGUCAAAUUCAUUUAGCAAACAGUUUUAAUUCUACCGCCGGGUUGUACUUUCCUGCACCUCCACCUGGAAAUAGUUCAGCUGAUUAUCUUGGUGGUAUAAUCGACUGGCUUGCAACUAAUGGUAAUCGUCGUCCUUUAGAAGAUUGGAUUAAUCCAGCUGUUGUUGGAUUGGUUAGUAUAGCUGCGUCAACAAGUAGUCCUGUUAAAGGUAGAGCAGUUUCAAUAUUAGGACCUCAAGCAGGAGCUCUAGUUGGUGGUUAUACAAUCAGAGGUAGUGGAAUAGGAGUGGUAGUUAAACCGAAACGUAUGAAUUGUUCUAAUGGAUCUAGUCAAAAUGAAAGUCGAGGCAAAAAAUCGAUGUCAGAUCAGAAAUCAAGUUAUACUUCAUUUUCUACGGUUAAUAUCAUGGAGAAUGAAACUCAUGCUUGGAUAGCAAUUGAUUUAGGUUUACAAUUAAUACCGACUGCAUAUACUUUAGCUUAUUUAAGACGAGCUGAUGCUUUAGAACACUCACUAGCACCUAGGAAUUGGAAAUUAGAGGCUUCCAAUGACGCUAUAACUUGGGUUGUUCUACGUGAACAUAACAAUGAUUCAAGUAUUCAAUCAGUUUCAGGUAGUCGUGCCACAUGGAGUAUAAAUUCAUAUCAUAAUAAUUAUAAUGGUGAUAAAACUGAAACAAUUUCUUCAACACUGAACACAGCAUGUACUAAAAAAUCUACAAAAGGUUGGCGCUUUUUUAAAAUUCAAACAACUGGAACAAAUGCAGAUGGCGGCAAACAAUUAGCUCUUGGUGGUUUAGAAUUUUAUGGUAAUGUUUAUUCUGUAUAUCAUUCGGUAUUGACUCCUAGUAUUUUAGCACAGAGGAUCUAUUCAAUUUCAUCUGAAAGAAAAGAUAUUUCUCCUCCUCCUUCUCAAACGAUAACAACAUCAAUGUCAUCAUCAUCAUGGUUAACAGUAAAUGUGAACCUGUCAACAAAUAAUCGAAACGGUCAGAAUAAUCAAAAUGAAGUGAAUGAUGAUGCUAAUGAUAUUAACAAUCGUACGGUUAUCAAAAGUGAUCCUGAAGAAAUAACUGAUGAAAACUCUUCAUCAAAAUCAUCUAAUUUAAAUAUCACGCUUAAACAAAUAGACAAUAAUAGGCGAGAUCCAAAGUCGUCCAGUGAUGAAAUAGUUCCUUGUCAUCACAUUACUUCAAUAAUACCAUCGUCAUCAUCAUCACUAAAGAGGAAUCCCAUAGAUGAUAAUUAUGAAGAAGAGGAAGGAAAAGUGGAAACAGAAGAAAAAGAACAUGAUAAUCAUGUAAAUGUUGAUGAUAAUGAUGAUGACGAUGAUGAUGACAAUGAAGAUGAUGAUGAUGAUGAUGACGACGACGAUGAUGAUGAUGAUGAUGAUGAUGAUGGUAAUGGUAUUGGUAAAAAUAUUACCGAAAACCUUCUUAAUCAUAAAUCAAGUGAUACUUUAAUGAAUAUCUUAUUCGAUGAAGAAGCUGGUUCUGAUGACAAUAUGAUGACAAGUACAAGUAAAUCGGAUGUGGAUAUGAUUUUAGAAUUAUCUGCUAAAAAAUUGGAUAAUUUAAAUAUUUUAUCUAGUGGACCAAUUGAUGACAAAUUAUUACAAUGUUUCGGUAAUCUUCUUGCCAAUGAUAAAUCAUCACCAGAAUUAUAUCAACUUCUACGUCGUAUUGCAUCACAAGAUAUGGAUUAUGAUCUAUCGAAUAAAUGUACAUCACGUAGCAUGGAUAGUAUACAUUCUAGAGAAGAAGAAGAAGAAGAAGAACGUCAUCAUUCAAAGCUAAUGAUCAAUCAUCAAUCAGAGGAUACAAAAAGAAUUGAUUCUAUUAUUCUGGAUACUGGAGAAAUCGAUAUCACAGAACCUCAUAUUUCCUAUAUUGAUCAGAGUAAUACAGAAGCAUCUGGUGAAUCUGAUGUACCUGGUUUAGGUUAUCUACUUAAUUCUAUUGAACCAGAAGCUAUAGAGUUUGCAGACACCGUAGAAGCCAUAAUUCGUAGUAAUACUGUUAAAAAUAGACGAAACAACAAUAAUGGUGAUGAUAAUGAAAACCCGAUUGAUUUAACUAUUGACAAAAUAUCACAAGCUCCAUCUCAUUCAUGGGAACAUUUUCAAUCGAUUCAAAAUGCUAAUCAUAAAAAUAAUCCCAUAUUAGUUGAUCAAUUAUUACACAAUGAGGAAGAGAAGGAGCCAGAAAAGAUUUGUGAUUCAAUCGGAUUACUUACUCAUUCAUCUACUAAUUCAUCAGUGAAUAAAACUGUGAAUACUGAACCUUGUAAUAACACAAGUAAACUAUCCAAAAAUUUUGAUGAUCGUAAUCAACAGUUAAAUGAAACUUCUCAAUAUUCUGAACAUUUAAAUGAAACUACUUCAUUUAAUGCUAACCUAUCAUCAGACAGUUCAGGAUUUCAAGUUCUACCAUCGUCAUGGAAACCAAUACAUCAACAGUUUCGCCGCCGGAUUCGUAGAAAUCGACCACGUCAAAUGAUUUCUUCUGAAUCUAAAGAGACCCCUGCCAGCCACUCGAACUCACCUCAUUCUGGUACUCCUCCUGUUCCUUUGUCGUGGAAUGAAGCAACUGAUGCACUUCGUUUGCCAUUGGGUUUAAUUCCUACUUUUAUUCCGAAUCCUGGUUCAACAAAUGCCCCAGGGACUACAGCGUAUAUGCUUUGUCGACCUCCUUAUAGUGAACCUGAAUGUUCAGCAAAUGACGAAGAUUCUUAUUCACGUUUAUCAUUGUAUCUUGGAGUUUAUAUGAAUUCUGAAUAUCUAAUACAAAUACCAUUACGUGAUAAGGAUGCUACUUUAUUCAAAUAUAUUCAAGAAUUAUCAGAGAAAUUUGAACUACUUGAAAAUUCUAGUGAAUAUCGUUUGUCCAAAUCAAUUGAUGGAAAUGAUAAAACAAAAAAUAAUUAUUUAAUUAAAUUAGGUUAUCGAUUUUGGGAUGCGAAUGAUGAUUGUGUCAAAUCAUCUACAUUAUCAACUAUUCCUACACCUAUUACUGAUGUUAGUAAUAAUGAUCAUGAUCAUGAUAUGAAUGAGUCAACAAUUCGAACAAUCUAUGGGAAGGCAUUAUUAAAUAAACGUGAUUUAAGAUUUACACCAUCUUUGGAUAGACCAAUAAUUUAUACAUCAUCAGGCAUUAAAAUACCUAUAAUUGGUGAUAACAACAUUAACAGUAAUAAUAACGAUGAUGUUGAUGGCGUUGUUAUGGAUAAUUUAACUAACAAAUCAGAAUACUCAAUAAUGAAUGAUUACAAUGUUCAUAAAUCUUAUCCACCAAGUGAUCCUGAAGAUAUUUUACAACUUAUCAAGUUGUUAUAUCAGUUAUCUGGUUUAAAGGAAUUCAAUUUGCAGAAUAAUAAUAACAAUAAUGAUAAUUCAUUGGUUGAUAAAAGCGAAUCAAUUGAAAUGAAAGUGGAGGAUUUUACAUCUACACGAUUAACUAAUAAGUUAUUGCGUCAAAUACAUGAUCCUUUAGCGUUAGCUUCUGGUGCUUUACCUAAUUGGUGUUUAAGUUUAAGUCAACGAUUUAAUAUUCUCUUCUCAUUCAAUGUACGUUCUCAGUUGUUUUCAGCUUGUGCAUUUGGUCCAGCCAGAGCUGCUAUUUGGCUUCAGAAUCGUCCAUUACAAAAACGUACAUAUUUAACGCAUUCGGAUGGAUAUAGUCGUGCUGGGAGUGCAGGUCGUGCAAGUGGUCGUUCAUCUUAUCGAAUUCUCCUACCAUCCGUUAACGCUUCCUUAAUAUCUGCUCUCUUAAACAAUACCAAUGCUAGUAAUAAUACUACUGCUUCUACUAAUACUAAUACUACUACUACCAUCACAGCCACGGCCGCUGCCAGUAACAUCACUAAUAAUGCACUAGACGAUGGAAAUAGAUCAAUAAAUUCUGAUGAAGAUAUUGUACUACUACGUCCAUCAAUAUUGAAUCAUUUACUGAAUAUAACCGGUGUUAAUGGAACAGAUAAUAACAAUACUAGUAGCCUACAAAAUACCGACAAUAAUGAUUUCGACAUAAAUUCUGACAAUAUUUCAUCAGUUGAAUCUAUAUUAACAGGUUUAGGAAUUCCUUUACUGACAUCUACUACUUCUACUGCUGCAUCAUUAAACUGUGAUACUAACUUUUUAUCUGAUAGUACUGGGGUCAGUAAUAAUAAUAAUAAUUUAAUCAACUGUUUAUUAGUUCAUGGUGAUCAGAAUAAUCAACAUGUGACCACAUCGACGGGAGGUACAGCUACUACUCCAAAUGGUGGUGGUGGUAGUAGUGUUGGCAUCGGACUCGUUUCGGAUGAUAGGUCGACUUCACAGAUUGGCCGCUUACAUAAAGAAUUUGUACGUAUUCCACGUUUACCACAUGAAUUAUUAACUCAGUUGACAAGUAAACAUAUGAAAUCAUCUCCUAAUUACUGCCAUUAUCAUCAAUCAGACAAUUUGACAUUUUGGCAUUGGGCGUCAAGACUUAUGGAAGAGCAUGCAUCUCGCAAAUCUGAACUGGAAAUACAAUUCAUCGGCGAGGAAGGCACAGGCUUAGGUCCGACUUUAGAAUUUUAUUCACUUUUGGCCGCCGAACUUCGUCGACGUGAUGGUUUAAUGUGGGUCACAAAUGAUUUUACAAUGACUAGUGAGCAGUUAACUCAAAGUCAUUCAGUUCUACCCACCGUUUCUAGCUCAGCAACUAUAGAGCAACAUAACUCUUCUGGCAACGAAAUAGAUGACAUUGAUGAAGCAAAUGUAUAUGUGAACACACCUUACGGAUUGUUUCCAGCUCCAUGGCCAGGAGAUCAAGUUCCAGAAUCAGUUCUUUAUCGCUUCUUCAUUUUAGGAAUAACAGUAGCAAAAUGCCUUCAGGAUAAUCGUCGUAUUGAUUUGCCUUUGUCCACACCAUUAUUGAAACUUCUUUCUACUUACGGUAGUGUUGUCAACACUCACAAUUGUAAUCAUCAUGAUUUGGAAAAAUGUCAUUCUGCAGCUUGUUCAUUGGACAGUUUUAAAACAACCAAUAAUGUAGAUUUCUCUGUUCUUUCAGAUGUUGAAAGUGCUUUUCAAAAUGUUUUAUAUGGUUAUUCGUAUUUAAGAAAUCAACUAACCUCUAUUACUGCUAGUACUACUAAUAGUCGAUUUAUUAAAAAUACGUUCAAUCCAAAUGAUGAUGAAGAGUUUAAUUUAGCGUCAUUUCUUAUCAGUCCACAAUAUAAACGACUGUAUCAAUGUUGUGGCUCCAUUGCUCAGAACAGUAAUAAUAAUAACUUACAAUCCUCAACACAUUGGAUUUCAGGUCUGUUAAAUUUAAAUGAUUUUUGUAUUAUUUAUCCGGAACGUGCACAAUUUUUGAGACAAAUAGCAGAAUUUCAUCGUCGUAAAUCUACGAUAUCAACUGGAAAUACAAAUGAUAAGUGUAUUAAUGAUUUAGCUGUUGAAAUAUUUGGCUGUGAUCUUACUGAUCUUUGUUUAUCUAUGGAAUUUCUUCCAUCUUCUAAGCUUUUCGGAUUUUCGUCUUAUCCAUUGAAAGAUGUUUAUCAUUGGGAAGCAACAACAACAAUACCAAGAACUACUAAUAAUUCUACAGAAGAAUCAUUGUACAAAAAUGUGACAGAGAAUUCACAAUCUGUUGUCCCUGUUUCAAUUCAUAAUAUUGAAAAAUAUUUAGAAUUGACAUUAGGCUUUUGUUUGGAUAAAGGUAUUCGUAAACAACUGGAUUCAUUCAAAGAUGGUUUUGAGCGUGUAUUACCACUUCGUUGGUUAGCGUUAUUUACUGGUACAGAAUUGGGUGAAUUAAUUGCUGGGGAUUCAGUAGUUCAUUGGACACGUGAAGAUCUACUUGCGUAUACAGUACCAAGUUUAGGUUUUACUAAACAAUCACCAACAUAUCAAAUGUUAAUUAAUGUAUUAUGUAAUUUUAAUUCAUCUGAACGUCGUGCUUUCUUACAAUUUACUACUGGUUGUUCUAGUCUACCACCAGGUGGUUUAAAAAAUCUACAUCCACGUUUAAGAAUUGUACGCAAAGAAAUAACAAAUAGUGGACCAUAUCCUAGUGUGAAUACAUGUGUACAUUAUUUAAAAUUACCAGAAUAUCAAUCAGAGAAAGAAUUACGUACACGUUUAUUACAAGCAACAAAAGAAAUUGGUUUUUAUUUAAAUUAAUUAUCUUUAUUUAUUCUUUUUAAGUUUUUUCUUUGUGACGAAAACUAAUAAACCAACAAAUAUUUAC